AUGGCGCCCCCCUUUCCCUCCGCGACUCGUACUUGGCACUCAACCUCCUACGCUUCCAUCUCGCCUACACGCCCUGAACUCUCUGCAAGCGGCAAGACAAUCCUCAUAACCGGCGGUGGAACGGGCAUCGGAGCCGAAACGGCUCGUUCUUUUGCCGCAGCAGGAGCAUCCAAGAUUGCUCUCCUGGGCCGACGCAUGCAGCCCCUUUUGGACACUAAGAGAACAAUCGAGAAGGAGUUUGGACAAGGAGUGCAUGUCUUCGUGGCAUCCACUGACGUAACAAAGAAAGAAGAAGUCGAUAAAGCGUUCGAGGAUUUCAUCACGUCUGUCUCUAAGGACGAUAACGAGAUCGCGAAAAUUGACGUCCUCGUCAGCAACGCCGCGGCAACAGGGCCCAUGGAAGGCGUUGAGGAUGUCGAUGCAGAUACAUUUAUCGAGGCUGUGAGCGCAAAUCUGAAAGGAGCGCUUUACGUCGCGCAGGCUUUCUUGCCCCAUGCCGCGGGCAGUGCAGUGAUCAUUGACGUCAAUAGCAUGGCCGCCUAUCUGAAUUUUGGGCCUAGAUUUGCAGCGUAUAGUAUUGCCAAACUGGCAGUUUAUCGGCUGUGGGAUUCCUUGGGCUCAGUGAAUUCAGGGUUCAGUGUAUACCACACGCAGCCCGGGGUUGUGGAUACGGACAUGAAUAGGGCUGCUGGCGGAGUUAAGGCCAUGGGGUAUGAGGAUCAUGUUUCCCUUCCAGCAAAUUUCCACGUCUGGCUCGCGAGUCCUGAGGCCCGGUUUCUGAAGGGGAAGUUCCUGUACUCAAGCUGGGAUGUUGAGGAGCUGAAAGCCCGAGCAGAGGAACUUGCAGCGAGUAGAGAGCUUACUAUUGGACAUGUCGGAUGGCCGUUCGACUCCAAUGAAGGGGAAAUCAAUUGGAACGCCUAA